CAAGGUGUAGCAGAGAGGAAGACGAAGGCGGAAGGGCAAGAUGUCGAAGCGAGGGAGGGGUGGAAGCGCCGGAAACAAGUUCAGGAUGUCCCUCGGUCUGCCGGUGGCGGCGACGGUGAACUGUGCCGACAACACCGGUGCGAAGAAUCUCUACAUCAUCUCCGUGAAGGGAAUCAAGGGGAGACUCAACCGAUUGCCGUCGGCUUGCGUUGGGGAUAUGGUGAUGGCCACAGUGAAGAAGGGGAAGCCGGAACUGAGGAAGAAGGUCAUGCCUGCCGUCAUUGUCAGGCAGCGGAAGCCCUGGCGCAGAAAGGAUGGUGUGUUCAUGUACUUCGAAGAUAAUGCUGGAGUGAUUGUGAACCCCAAAGGAGAAAUGAAGGGAUCUGCUAUUACUGGGCCAAUUGGAAAGGAAUGUGCUGAUCUAUGGCCGAGAAUCGCUAGUGCUGCCAAUGCCAUUGUCUGAGUUGUAUCGAUAUUAGGCCAUCACUAUAUUUAUUUGUGUUUGCUGAUAGACAGAGAUGAGGAAGUAUAAAAAUAGUACCAUUAUGUCAUGUUAUCUAAGAAACCACUCGUGUUAUAGUUGUGUUGACUUUUGGAAUCAAUUUUGUCUGAUCUC